UCUCGCAGGUGCAUGCCUGUACCAGGUAUCUGAGGGACGUCCUCAUCCCAGCGACCAGAGAGCAAAGUACACAAGAGACACGCAGAGGUGUACUGACAUCAGGGAAAUAGAAUAAACCUCCCUAGAAAAAAUCUCCUCCUAGAAAAAAUCUCAGCGUUGGCCGAUACUUUCAGAAUCACAUGGCACAGCCCAUCUAGAUGGAUGAAGAAUCACUUUGGGGAUAACAGCACUGGGGAUUACUGUCACUCCUGCCGCUGCAAAUGGAUUACACUUGAACUAUUACCCUGAACUCCGUGAGGGAUUUGUGGCGAACAUUCCUGACUCAGAACGCGAGGCAGGCAGCCCCGAGGCCAUGGUGGACCCCACGGUGACGAGAAGGGGCCAGAUGGACGUGUUGGGAGAGAACGAGGCUCUUCAGCAGUUUUUUGACAGCCAGGACGUGCGGAGGGUGCUGGAUAACGCGACAGUGGACACCAGGAUGCUGGACCCCAGGAUGCUGGACCCCAGGAUGCUGGACACCAGGAUGCUGGAACAAUACCUCAGCAAUGACAUGGAUCCCAGCACCUUCAUGCUCCCUGAUUCACCGCCAGAUUCAGGAUCAGAAUCCUGCUCGCCACCACAAGUGCCAGAUAUUCAUUAUGGUCCCUCCUGGCCCAUUGUCCAGGUUGAACAUGAAGUAUUGUCCUCCCUUAACCCUCCUAUGAGCUCGGGGAUUCACUUCAGAGACCACCACCCCAGUCCUCAGAGCUCAGACCCCCAUCUCCCCGGUCCUCAGUGCGCCACCCCCCACCUCUCGGCCCCGAUGGACACCUUCCCCCUGGGCAGCUGCUCUCUCGCCCCCACCCUGGUGCACAGCUCUCCACCUCCUCUGCACCACCCAAACUCCACCCACACUUAUGCUCCAGUGCAUGCUUCCACCCAGUUGCCUGAGUGCAGGCUCCCCAAUUCUCUAUGGGGAACCGCCAUGCCCCCCUGCCCAGUCCAGACCAGGCCCAGAUGUCCCAGCCCAAUCCACCUGUAUAUGCCUCCCGCUUCCAGCCAGCAGACAGGACCGGCUUCGUGCGAUGCCAAGAAGAGGAGGCGCUCUACGGAAGACACUUCGGACCCCGGUGGGUGGGAGGACGUGGGCUGCACAUUAGCCUGCAGCAGAGGAGACACACCCAGCUAUGGCAGUGACGUGCCAGGAGGGGGGGGUCCCGGGCAGGGCGCCUACCGCAUGCUGUUCUGGGACGAGUACCUAUCCGGCCAGUGGAGUCCCCUGUACAACAGCAACUACGAGAGCCUGCCAGCGCCAGGUUACCACGUCGAAUCAGACAAAGGCUUCAACUACUCCCCCGCCGACGAGGCCUUCGUGUGCCAGAAGAAGAACCACUUCCAGGUCACGGUCCACGUCAGCAUGGCGGGGAACCCCAGAUAUGUCAAGACUGCUUUGGGCUUCAAGCCGAUCCAGAGUUUUCACGUCAAGGUUUUUGGCGUCAAGCUGGAGGCGCCGAGCCACCUGAUCACCAUAGAGCAGUCCCAGUCCGACCGCAGCAAGAAGCCCUUCCUGCCAGUCAGGGUGAGCAUGCCGGGUGACAAGAUCACCAAGGUGACAUUGGGCCGCCUGCACUUCAGCGAGACAACGGCCAAUAAUAUGAGGAAGAAGGGAAAACCGAACCCAGACCAGAGGUACUUCCUGUUAGUGGUGGGACUUUACGCCUGCCUGGAAGAGGAGCGCCACCUGCUGGUGGCUCACGUGUCUGAGAGGAUCAUUGUCAGGGCGUCCAACCCAGGCCAGUUUGAGAAUGACGAGAUGCCGUGGCAGCGGGGGGCUGCUCCAGAUGCGGUGGUGUGCCACGGGAGGGUGGGCGUGAACACGGACGCUCCGGACGAGGCCUUAGUUGUCUGUGGAAACGUGAAGGUGAUGGGCACGGUCAUGCACCCGUCUGACCAGAGGGCGAAGGAGAAUGUCCAGGAGGUGGACUCGAACGAGCAGCUGAAGAGAAUAGCACAGAUGAGGAUUGUGGAGUAUGACUACAGACCUGAGUUUGCCACUAAAAUGGGCAUCAAUCAGGUCCAUGAGACAGGUAUCAUAGCACAGGAGGUGAAGGAGCUACUCCCCGGUGCAGUGAGGGAAGUCGGAGAUGUCGUCUGCUCAGAUGGAGAGAAGAUUCCUAACUUCCUCAUGGUGGACAAAGAGCAGAUAUUCAUGGAGAACGUCGGUGCGGUGAAGCAGCUGUGCAAGUUGACCGACAACCUGGAAACGCGCAUCCAGGAGCUGGAGGUGUGGAACAAGCGGCUGGCCAAGCUGAAAGACAUGGGCAGCCUGCGCUCCAGCAGGGCAGGCAGCGUGCACCGAAAGGUCAGCAAAAUCAGCAAUGUCCCACCCCCACAAAAGCCCUCCCUAGCCCAGUCCACCCAUGAAAAGUACAAGCACUGUCUGCAGCACAAGCUCUUCCGAGGCUCCGUCAUCGUGCUCGUGGCCAUCAUGGCUUUUUGCGUCAUCUGCAUUACAGCUCUGUACAUGUUUACGCUGCAGAGAGACUUCUCAGAAUCCUCAUAUGGGACCAGUAAAACCCCCCUUCCACCGAUGACCAUCCCUUCAGUCACUACCAUUCCCUCAACCCCGGGACCUUGGCCCCCAGAUGUGGACUUCUGCAGCCUGCUCUACUGUGAGGAGGUGUACUGCUGUCCCACAGGACCUGGCAACCUGAGCUCCCCCUACACUGAACCCAUGCUCUCAUACUCGCCCCCCAGUGCACAAGACAAAACGGAAAAACUCCUGUUUGACAGUUUCAACGGUGCCAAAGACUGGACAAAUACAACUGUUAAGUCUAUAUUCAUCAAAGAAAAUCAACAAAUUAUUGACCAUCACUACUGUGUGGAAGGCGGUUGUGGGCCAGGGAACUACAGCUUCUCGAUCCCCAUCAGCAAGUUUGUGCCUGUCAACAUGCGGAUCACCAUGCAGAUGAACACCACUGAGCUUCUGGUGGUCCACCUGUGCCACAUCUAUGACACCAGCACCUGCUCUGCCCUGAGGAUCAGCAAUGUGGACAGUUCAGUCAUAAGCAACACGCAGGGCUACAACCAUGAGUGGUCGUUGCCGGUGGCCCGGCUGUAUCAGAGCUCCUUCCACUUCCGGACCACUGUGGCGGGACAGGCUGACUGCACUACCGACGCCAACUACAUGGAGGCGCUCUUCACAGAUUACCACUUCCACUUCUACCGCAGGUGUGACUAGCCUGCACCCAAGGCCCCCCGCCUCGCUGCCAAACCCAAGGACUCUGACCGAAUGGUUCCCUGGAAUGUACCAUAAGGUCUAGUGAGGGCGAUUGUUUGUAUUAAGAAUCUUCUCUCCUGUGUCCCUGUCAGGCCCAGAUUUACUGUAUGGAAAUCAAACGGGCAUUUCUGUUGCGUCUCGGUACACAGGCCUAUUUAUGAAUGUGGGGCCACUUCUGGAUUGCCUGGUGAAAUUAUACAUCUCUGACUGUUUCUUUUGCUGUAAUGGCAAAAAUAUGCAAAGGCAGUCCUUCGGAAAGAGUUUCGAACAGUCGUGCAGUUACAGAAACGCACCUUCCGAAAUGCUGAUAAUUGAAAUAUUUGCUGUAAUGUGGAGAGAGUGAGAAAAUGAAUAACAAUGUGUUAUUGUUUUCGAAAUAAGAUUUUUGAGGUUACAGGCAAAGCCAAAAACACCCGAUGGUUUUAGAUGUUCAGUGCUUUCAUCUUCCUGAUGGAUUCAGAUUCAUUGCUAUUAAUUAAUAAUUUGUUAAUAUUUUCUGAAGCACAUUUUCGGUCUUUUUUUUGAAUCCUUGGGGUAUUUUCGUGUAUAGGGAUAAACAUGACAAGUCAUAUUUUUCAGGCUGAAAUACAAGGAAAGUGAUGUGUCAAACAGUUACAAAUUUGGACUCCUUUGACCCAUGAUGUGAGGUACCUGUGAUGUGUCUUUUUUGCCCAUUCAGCAGAGUGUUCAGUCCUAAUACAUUGUUACUGUAUAAAUCCCAUUGUGGAGUGUCUGUCUUUAAAGGCUUAAGUGGUGAAGGACAUGAUUCCAAAGCCAGUAUGAAAUUGAUGGGAAUAGCCUUGUGUGUGGUGCUUAACUGAAAUGGCUUUAGGGGAGUAUAAUGCUACGCUAACCAUGGCCAGCUAACAUAAUGUAACGACUGAGACGGUCGAAUUGGCCUUUUUUUCAAAAACUUGUUCUACCUGUAUGUUGAUUGCUAUCUGGUAAUUCCACCCCAGAGGUGGCAUCACACAUCCACUGACACCCACUGACACUCACACAACAAUGACAUCCUUAACCGCUACCCAGCCCUAACCUUAACCAUCCAUCCAUCCAUCCAUUUUCUGUAUCCUCUUGCCCUCCUCAGAAUCUCGGCAAGUCCAGAGCCAAGAUGGGGCACCAACCCAUUGCCGACUUUAACCAUAAGUAACCAAACAAAAUACAAGACUUUUGACAUUUUAUCAGUUUUUCGAUUGCAGUCACAGAUUUCUAUAAAACGUAGUUUCGCCUUGUAGGGACUGAAAAAAUGCCCCCCUCCUCGUCAAAAUAGAAGGUCUUUAUCACAUUGUAUGGACGCACAAACACACGUAUUAUAAUACAUUUAUUUAGCAUCCGCUUUUAUCAAAAGAAACAUUUCAGGAAGCAGUCAGUCCCUGGAGCGACUGAGGUUACGGGUCCUGCUCAAGGGUGACAUCAUUCCACUAGCUGUGGGAUUUGACCCAGCAACCUUCUAAGUGCGGGCGCAUAGUCCCCACAGAGUCACCGCACUGACUAAUGAGCCUGCAGUGGUGUGUGGUUAAGUGUAGCCUACGGAUCACAGAUGUGCAGGUUUUGGACAGUCGAGCAGUGGGAUCGUUAAACACAGAACGUGACAUUUUGGUCUGAAUUCAAUCAAAGUCCUCUAGCUUGAGUUGGCCCCUGCUGGUGCCAACAUGCCACUGGUGCCAGACGCUUAAUGAACUUCAUCCCUGACGGGACGCUUCGGGGUGACCUUACCUGUGCCGGUCACUCACGCUCUUCUUGCAGGAACAUGAUUCACAGAAACUGCAAAGCAGGUCCUGGCAUGUGAUAGCUGUGUCAGCAAAACAAUCACUAGCAACGUGAUUUUAAUCUUGCAAGAUUACUCCUUACUAUGGCUUGAUGUUCACAAUAAAAUCUGUUUAUCAGGUAAUAUAUCACCUGGGUAAUCUAACAGUGGAAGACAGUGACAAACUCAAGGUCGGUCAUGCAGUCCAUCACACGGUGCCUUUUUCUGUUUAGCAGAUGCUUUUAUGUAAAUCGAUGAGUGCAGGGUAAGCCAGUUCCCAGAGGGUUAAGGACCAAUAAUGACAUCACUUUGAUGACAUCACUUUGAUAAGAGAUUAUGUCUUUGUGGGGACCUGAAAAAUAGUCCCCACAACUUCAAAAUAACAGGCUUUAUUAUGUUGUGGGGAACAUUUGGUCCCCACAAUGUAAUAUAAA